AUGAUAAACUAUUUAUUUGAAAAAAUAAAAGUUGAGGAACAAGCGCAGCUAAAUAUCAUUCUUGGAAUUACAAUUGCAGUAUUCACUUCGAUUAUACAAUCACUUGGUUUAACCAUUCAACGUAAAUCUCAUGUUUUAAACGAAAAAAUUCAUCCAAAAGAGUUAAGGCGAUCUGCUUGCAGAAGACCGUUAUGGCAUUUAGGUUUUGACACGUAUAUAAUUUCCAAUAUAAUUGGAAGUAUUUUUUCUAUUGGAUAUCUUCCUAUUAUUAUAUUAGCACCUUUGGGUGCAGUAACAUUAAUUUUCAAUGCAUUAUUUGCAAAAUUACUUUUGGGAACAAUUUUUAUUAUAAUUGGUGCCAUUAUGAUUGCACUUUUUGGUAUGGUUAAAGCACCAAGUCAUUCUCUUGAUGACUUAAUCGAAUUAUAUAAACGUCCAACGUUUAUUGCAUAUUUUUCGAUCAUAGAAAUUAUAGUCUUCGUACUUCUUUUCGUCAGUAAACGUGGAGAAAUUCUAUUAAAUGAAAUGUCCCGAAGUGAACGUGAUCCAAUUUUUGGAUGGCCUUGGAAAAGACUACAAACAGUUAUUGGAAUAACAUAUGGAAUGGUGGGAGGAAUGAUUUCUAGUCAAAGUUUAUUAUUCGCCAAGAGUGGUAUCGAAUUAUUAUUAUUGACAAUUUCUAGUAAGAAUCAAUUUGAUAAACCUUUAAGUUGGAUAAUUGUAACAGCAUUGGUGGUUACUGCGUUACUUCAGCUUUAUUAUCUCAAUAAAGGAUUACGGAUGUGUGACACAGUCAUACUAAUACCGCUUUCUUUUUGCACAUAUAAUGUAUCGACAAUAUUUAAUGGACUUGUUUAUUAUAAUCAAUGGGAUAAAUUAAGAUGGUUCCAAAUAUUACUUGUCAUUAUUGGUAUAAGCAUAUUAUUAUGUGGAGUACUAGUAUUAUCAUGGAGAAAGAGUGUAUCACCAGAAGAGGAAUUAUUAACAGAAGAAAGUAUGUUAUUAGGACAUGAUUUUGAAGGGUUAACAGAACUUUAUGAAGGUGAAGAUAGUUUUACCAGAUAUAUUGAUAACAAUAAUCUGGACUUUACAACUUAUCUUUUAAAUAAAAAUAGACGUAGUAAUAGAUGUAAUAGAUCGGUUUCUGUUGGUACAUCUUUGGUAUCAGGUAUUUAG